AUGACGUACUUUUCGCGUUUGUGUUGUUGGUUCUGCCCAUUAAUUCCACAAAAACGCAGAUACAAACCGGGAACCUUAGCUAUUCGAGAAAUCAGAAAGUACCAAAAAUCAACCGACUUGUUGAUUCGAAAACUGCCUUUUGCGAGGCUCGUUCGAGAGAUCUGCAACGAGUUUACGGAUCAACCGAUGCGAUGGACCGCGGAGGCGUUGUUAGCGUUGCAAGAGUCCUCGGAGGACUUUUUAGUGCAUUUGUUCGAGGAUUGUAAUUUGUGCGCGAUUCAUGCGAAGAGGGUGACGAUUAUGCCGAAGGAUAUGCAGCUGGCGAGAAGAAUCAGAGGCCCGAUUUACGGCGUCUCGAGUUGGUAG